AUGCGUAUAAACAAUACUUUCUCUGCUGGUUUGCCUAUUGUUCAUUCGAAUGCAGAAUUUUCAACCUUAGUGAACUCAAACACUUUGGCAAGUAUAACGUUGACAUUAGUUGACGCAAACUUUGUUCCUGUAAAACUUUUAUGUCCUAUGUAUUUGUCAAUGACGGCAGAAAGUUUCGAAUUGGAAGAUGCAACUGGUGAAAGUAUUGUAUUACAAGAACAACUUCAACAACAAAUAGCUCAAGAACAACAAAUGCAACAAAUGGAACAGGAAAUGGUUCAAGAAUAA